AUGGACGCGCUCGCUGCCUAUCGUUCCGAAAGCGAGGAGGAGGGCGUGCCGCCUAAGGUACAUGGAGACGGACACUCUAUGAUAGGACAUGCUCAGGCGGACGACAGCGAGUCGGACAGCGACAAUGAGCCGCUUGAUAUGGGCGAUGCCUUUGGGCUGCAGCAAGUAGCUGCCUCAACACGAGCGGUGCCUGCGACGACGUUGACCGUGACGACCGCUGCGCCUGAUGUGAAGCCUGCUGCAAGCAAAGAUCUUGCGACGACGGAUGCGCCGACGCUACCCCCCGGCGUGACCAAAACCCUGACGGGCACGGUGGAAGAGACGUCCAUGUCCGACUUUGACUUUCGCAACCAGCAGCGUACCUUCGAUCUGCUGGGCUACGCACGCAAUCCCAGUGCAUACGCUGCUGCGUCGGGGGCGACGAGUUCACAGGCAUUCGUGGGCGACCGAGCCGCUGCGCGCGAGAUGGGCGGUGCUACGAUGGCCGAGCUGCGGGGCGGCACGCCCGGCGCCCGCAGUCAGUCACGCGCCAUGCGCCGUAAGCGCAAAGGGCGCGGUGGUGAUCCGUCGGUUCUUGAGGGAGAGGGUGCGUAUAUGGGGCCGUGGGGCGGCUGGGACGACGAGGCGCCGGCGACCGAGUUUGUACCGGCGCCACACGAAAAGGUCGGCCCAACGCCCGAAGAGCUCGACGAGGCGCGCUUGGAUGCCGAGAAGCGCAAGCGCGAGGCUGCACAACUCGAGAAGCGGCGUCUUCUCGACGAUGCACAUGGCUCCGAGAAAAGCAUCUUCCACGGCGACUCGAUGUACGACUACCAGGGCCGCACGUACAUGCAUAUCCCCACGGAUACGGACGUGAACUUGCGCGGCGAGGCCGGUAGUGAGGAGUGUUUCCUCCCCGAGUUUUGUAUCCACACAUUUACAGGACAUACCAAGGGCAUUACCGCGCUCCGCCUGUUUCCUGAGAGCGGGCACCUGCUGCUGAGCGCGAGUAUGGAUACCAAGAUCAAGCUCUGGGACGUGUACCACCAGGGCAACUGCCUGCGCACGUUCCUGGGCCACUCGAAUGCUGUGCGCGAUAUCACCUUCUCGAACGAUGGGCGGCAGUUUCUGUCAGCCGGUUUUGAUGGGCAAGUCAAGCUGUGGGACACGGAAACGGGUGAGUGUCUCACGGCGGUCGGCUUUGACGACAUGCCGGUAUGUGUGCGAUUCCACCCCGAUGCAGACAAGCAGCACAUCUUCCUCACUGGCACGCACGGGAAGCGCAUCGUGCAGUACGACUUGCGGGAGAAGCAGAUUACGCAAGAGUACAACGAGCAUCUUGGCCCUGUGAAUACCAUCACCUUUGUGGACCAGAACCGGCGGUUCGUGUCGACGAGUGACGACAAGAGCCUGCGUGCGUGGGACUACGAUAUCCCGGUGCCCAUCAAGCUCGUGGCAGACCCGUUGAUGCACUCGAUGCCGUCGGUCACGCUGCAUCCCUCGUUGCGCUGGCUCGCGUGCCAGUCAAUGAACAACUCGAUCUGUGUGUACUCGACAGAGAACUUUAAGCCACGCAAGAAGGCGUUCCGCGGCCACACAACUGCAGGCUUUGCGUGCCAGGUGGGCUUCAGUCCAGACGGCCGCUUCCUGUCCUCUGGCGACAGCGGAGGCGAUCUCGUGUUUUGGGACUGGAAAAAGGGGCACGAGCUCAAGCGGCUCCAAGUGCACAAGGAUGUGGUAAUUGCGCACGAGUGGCUGCCUCAUGAGACGUCGAAAAUCGUCACAGGCGCGUGGGACGGCCUGAUCAAGCUAUGGGUG